AUGGCAAGCACAGAGGCUGUUACUAACCCAAGCGAGCACACCGAAGCACACAGCAGUCACACAAACGAGAACGAACACAUUUUGCCAGCAGACCCUGUGCAGAAUGCAAACGCUGUGGACGAAGAAAAAGCGGUCAAGAUCACAACGGAAGAUCAAAAUCCGGGAAAAACCGUGCUUCUUCUUUCACUAAAGGGGCCAAGCACGUGCAGACACUUAAUAAACGACAUCUGCUCGCUGCUGCCCGAAAACACGGUGCGAGACUCCAAGCUCAAAGAGAGGUUCUCGGUGUACGAGAUUGCAGACAUUGCUGAGCUGAGAGACGCGGACAACGCCUUGGUCAUUGAGACCCGGAAGAGAAGCCCUGCCCCUAUUUUCUGGGCUGUUGCCAGAAACAGCGCAGGGUAUGGAAAGGAGUCUUUCGACGUCAUGAAGUUCAUUCUGACGGGGGUGUACACCAUGACUGAGCUGAAGUACGUGGGAAACCCGCUUGCUAACACGCAGAUGACCACGCUCUUUACGCCGGAGUUCAGCAACAGCAGAGGGCUAAGAAAGGCCCAGGCGAUUCUGACCCGAAUCUUCAACACCACGCGAGAGGUGCCAGAGUCCCCAGAGGCAACAAAAGACUACGUAGAUAAGAUAGCAUCGUUCUUUAUUCUGGACGAGCAGAUUCACGUCAGGUUUUACCACAUUCAGAAAAAAACGAAAGAAGCCGUCAAGAUUGCUGCGGAGAGGGCGCGCCAGGAAAAGAAGAUGAACGAAGAGCAGAAGGAGGAGGAGAAGCUUGACGAAAUAGAGAAAAACCACAAGCCAGACGAAGAGCUAGAGACGGAUCCAAAUAUUGCAGAAGUUCUUGCCUCUGACCAGGAGGCGUGGUACGAAAUACACGAAAUUGGGCCCAGGUUUACGCUGCACCCCAGAGAGAGCGACUUGGACGACAAAAAUGUCACCGAUGAAGAAGAGUAA